AUGUCAGACUCACGCCUUUUCCAGCCUAUGAAAAUUGGCAACAUCCAAGUCCAGCAUCGUGUCGGCAUGGCUCCCAUGACUCGACUCCGAGCAAGCGUGGACCGUAUUCCCAACGCCCUAAUGAAGGAAUAUUACAGUCAACGCGCUUCCACACCUGGUACACUCAUCAUUACGGAGGGAACUCUUGUCUCACCUGCUGCAGGUGGUGGAUUUGCCAGAACACCUGGGAUCUGGAACCAAGAACAAGUCACUGCCUGGAAAACAAUCACAGAUGAGGUUCACAGCAAGGGCAGUUAUAUCUUUGUCCAGCUUUUUGCCAUGGGUAGAGCUGCUACUGUCGAAGUUGCGAAAGAGGAGGGAAUCGACAUUAUAUCUGCGAGCCCGGUCGCAUUCGAGGGGAGUAAUGCUCAGCCGAGAGCUAUGACUCUUGCAGAGAUCCAUGAUAUGAUCGACGCUUUCGAGACAGCCUCAAAGAACGCAGUGGCAGCAGGUUUUGAUGGCGUUGAAAUUCAUGGCGCAAAUGGAUAUCUUCUUGAUCAGUUUCUUCAUGAUGUCAGUAAUCAUCGUGACGACGAGUUCGGUGGAAGCAUCGAGAAUAGAUCGCGCUUCAUUAGCGAGAUUAUGGAGCGCGUCGUCAAAGCCAUUGGACCAGAGCGCGUUGGUCUUCGUCUCAGUCCAUGGAGUACCUUCCAAGGUAUGCGAAUGGAGAACCCCAUCCCCCAAUUCACAGACAUCAUCAACAAAGCAAAGGCUCUUGAUCUAGCCUACCUUCAUCUGGUAGAAUCACGAAUCUGCGGCAGCGUCGAUGACAUCAACAAUGGUCAGGAAAAGCUCGACUUUGCGUAUGAUAUCUGGAAGAGUCCUUUCCUCAUUGCAGGAGGGUACAAGCUGCACGGUGCACAGGAUCUUGUCGAGUGCGAACAUCCAGACAAGGAAAUUAUGGUCAUGUUUGGGAGGGACUUUGUGUCGAAUCCUGAUUUGGUGUUGAAGCUGCAGCAUGGUUUAGACCUCACUCGGGGUGAGAGGAACACGUACUACACGAGCGACUCUGCUGGAUAUAUCGACUACCCAUGUGCUGCCAAGGUUGUUGUUUCUGCGUAA